AUGAAAGUCACUAUACGGGAAUGGAACGCUGUCGCCGCAUGGCGUUGGGACAUGCCGGACGACGAUGUCUGUGGUAUCUGUCGCAACCCUUACGAUAGCACUUGCUCCAAGUGCAAGUUUCCUGGAGACGAGUGUCCACUAUUGCUGGGAGAGUGCAACCAUUCCUUUCACAUGCACUGUAUUUUCUCCUGGCUCAAGCAAGAGAGCUCUCUAGAGAAGUGUCCCAUGUGUCGUCAGCCCUUCAAGUCGAAGAGUCAAGACGCGCCAACAGCCACCGAAACUCCAACACAGCCGCAAGAACCCGAUACAAGCCCAUUGUAG